GGCGCUCGCCCUACUUCCGGCCAUCUCAGGCCUUUUCCGCCGGUGCCGUACCGGCCUUAUCUCCGCUCUGUAGGUCGUUCCCGGCGCCAGGCCCCGGUCCCUGCGCACCGCUCGCCGGCACCCAGCGGCUCGCUCCUCCUCCCGAAUCUCUCCGAGGCUCGGAGCGACUCUGCCGUGCGUCUUCGCGGGCCGCCCGGGCCGAGGCCUGCGCGCGCGGCGAGUCGGCGCCCACCUGACCCCGCGUCUCCCCGCAGCUCGGUUGAGGCCGCCGCCGCCGUCGCCUCGGGAUGCCGGGGCCGGGGUCCGCGCAGCGCUGGGCGGCCGCCGCGGGCCGUUGGGGCUGCAGGCUGCUCGCGCUGCUGCUGCUGGUGCCGGGGCCCGGCGGCGCCUCCGAGAUCACCUUCGAGCUGCCGGACAAUGCCAAGCAGUGCUUCUACGAGGACAUCACGCAGGGCACCAAGUGCACCCUCGAGUUCCAGGUGAUUACUGGGGGUCACUAUGAUGUAGACUGUCGACUAGAAGAUCCUGAUGGUAACGUGUUAUACAAAGAGAUGAAGAAACAGUAUGAUAGCUUUACCUUCACAGCCUCCAAAAAUGGGACAUACAAAUUUUGUUUCAGCAAUGAGUUUUCUACUUUCACACACAAAACCGUCUAUUUUGAUUUUCAAGUUGGAGAAGACCCACCUUUGUUUCCUAGUGAGAACCGAGUCAGUGCUCUUACCCAGAUGGAAUCUGCCUGUGUCUCCAUUCACGAAGCUCUAAAGUCUGUCAUCGACUAUCAGACUCACUUCCGUUUGAGAGAAGCUCAAGGCCGAAGCCGAGCAGAAGACCUAAAUACCAGAGUGGCCUACUGGUCCGUAGGAGAAGCCCUCAUUCUCCUGGUGGUCAGCAUAGGGCAGGUGUUUCUCCUGAAAAGCUUUUUCUCCGAUAAAAGAACCACCACAACUCGAGUCGGAUCCUACUGUCCUCCUUUCCCUCGGAUUUUGAUGAUGGGUGUCGGGAAGUCUAAAACAGACGCCUGCCCUCUCUCUCUCUCCUUGGGGAAAAGCCCCGGGGUGGAAAAGAGUCAGGGACUCCAGGAGUCAGCUUCCAAGAAACCGGACAACCUCCCCAUGCACGAUCUGGCUGAGCCAAGCCCCACGACCCCGGUCCCGGUGCCCACUGGGGAGCACAAGGGGGCUGAGGGCCAGGGAGACAUGUUGGAGGGGGAAGAGAAGGAGGAGGAGGUGGAGGAGGAGGAGGAGGAGGAGGAGGAGUUCCUCAAGUUCGUGAUCCUGCAUGCGGAGGACGACACAGAUGAAGCCCUCAGGGUCCAGAACCUGCUGCAGAAUGACUUCGGCAUCAAGCCUGGAAUCAUCUUUGCCGAGAUGCCCUCCGGCCGGCAGCAUCUGCAGAACUUGGACGACGCUGUGAAUGGGUCCGCAUGGACCAUCUUGCUGCUGACCGAGAACUUCCUAAGAGACACCUGGUGCAAGUUCCAGUUCUACACGUCGCUCAUGAACUCCGUGAACAGGCAGCACAAGUACAACUCGGUCAUCCCCAUGCGGCCCCUCCACAACCCCCUGCCCCGCGAGAGGACCCCCUUCGCUCUGCGGACCAUCAACGCUCUGGAGGAGGACAGCCGCGGCUUCCCCACCCAAGUCGAGAGAAUCUUUCAGGAGUCCGUGUAUCAGAUCCAGCAGUCUCUGUGGAAGGACACCCGAAGUAGCAUCCGCAGACAGGUCCUCGCCUGAGACGGAGCCCCCAGCACGUGGCUGGCUCUCAUCUGGGAAAGCCGACCCCUCAUCUCCACAUGAGAAAUCACAAUUCUGGCAAAAAGUUGGCAGAAUUUUACAGAAACACAGGAGCUCAAGCACAAGACGUUUCUGCAGGACAUUGUAUAGACUUUGGAGGUGCUCUUUGAUGCCUUGGAUAAACUUGAGACUUACAAACUUUGAGAACAUUCCUCUCACGGUUUUCCUGGUCCACGCAUAUCACAAAGGAUAGCCUUAGUUCAUAGCCCUGGUAUCUGUCCUUGAACACAGACUUCUGUGGGAGACGUUGUACAGAUACAAUGAUGCUUUCAUUUUGUUGGCAAAGGACGUGCAGGAGAGAAGGUCCCCGGGAGACCUGACCACCCUUCCUCAGACAGAAAUGUCACAGCCAGGUUGACUGGUAUCAUCGCCCAGAAAUACAGAGAGCCCGAUGAGAACAUUCAGAACGUUCAGUAUUGAUACUUGCGAAACAAAAAGCCAAUGCGAGAACGGUGGGGCAUUUUACAAGAAUCCAGCCAACUGUGUUCUUUCUGUGGACUUUGGGGAUUUGGAGACAGUGCCUAGCCCUGACUAGCCACCCAUUUGCUGGCGUUGUUGUUAGGGACGCCGGGGAGCCAUGUUGUGAGGUCCCCGGAGCCUCAAGCUCUUGUGAUGUCAUCCGUAACUAGGGCUUUAUGUGUGGGGCUUCUGAAUAGUUCUGUGUCCCUGACUGUGAGUUCUCCUUUGUCUCUCUUAGGACAGCCUUGAGAAAUUCCUCUCACUCCCAGUGCCCUACCAGGAAGUGUUCCUCAGCUCGGUGAUCAGAGUAGCCUGACCGCGUGCAUGUAUGCUGUAGGUUAUUCCUAGACUCAGGGUGGAAGCAGGAGACGCAUUCUGUGGCCUCCUCUUCUGUGUCCCACACUUCCAGCACACCACACAGGCCCACAAAGCCCUGUCCCUUCCCCUCUUGCCCUCCUGUGCCACCUGUGGCUGAAGGAGAGCCAUCAGGUAUGGAUGGGAGAUGGGAUGGGGCGGGUGUCACACCAGGUAGCUAGGAAAGCGCCCAUGGGGACCUAGCCUAAUGGGGACCAGGAGACCUGGUUCCAAUCUAGUCUCUGCCUCCAAGGCUGAAUGUGACCUUCGCCUCCUUUAUCUGUGAAAUGAAAGGCUUGGAUUGAUGGAGCUCUAAAGGGCCUUUGUCCUCUCUCAGAAUGUGAACAAGUAGGAACCAGAAAAGGGAACAAGCAAAUAAUAAUAAUAAUAAUAAUAAUGUUGUAGUGUGAUGUGUAAGAAGUUUCAGGAGGCGUGAGAUCAGCUCCCAAUGAAAGGAAACGCUAAUGUGUUUACAGCAUAAUUGAUUUCUGAUGCUAUCUGUUACACUUUAAUAGUCCCAAGAGAAUUCCAAUACUUGCCUCCUCAGAUUCUUUUAAAAUACAUUUUUUUGUAGGGACUGUUGAGCAAAGAUGGUCUGCCUGAUUUUUCUUUCUCCUUAUCCUCACUUCUGCGUGUCUCCUCCUGGCACUGGGGUCUGCUCACAUCUUUCUCCAUCCACCUCUUCAUAGCCAUCACCAAAUGUUCCAUGAGGAACUUUUCCCAUAAUCCUGCAAGUUGAGUUAAACCUCCUCCUUCACUAGUACUCCUUGAAGAAGAGAUCGUUUUCGUCGUGCCAGGGACAUUUUCUUAAAGUCCCUUUCUGUCAUAGUUGCUUACUACUUACUUUUCUUUCUCAGUUUUAAUGGUGUUCUUUUUUGCCCCCUGUGGUCUGUCUCCAAUUUCAUACAGUAAAACAGCAUCAACCCACCCUUUCUGCUUAUUACCAAAGCGGGAGCUGUGGGUGCUGGGUGGUUUUAUUAAUAUAUGUGCUGCUGAAAUGGGCCCUCGAUGGUGUUUUUUAAAUAAAUGUUUUUACUCAUUUC